UAUGCGGUCAAUAACCGGGCGUCUUCAUACCUCGGUAGGGAUGUGCAGCAGUGUAUUCUAUCAUGGCAGCUGUUUGAAAUGUAUUGUUGCAUAUCGUUGCAUAUCGUGCAGUGUCUGCUGAAGAUUUAAUUAUUAUAAAUUAAGAAAGAAUGAAUUGAAUUAAAAAAUUUAAGAUGGAGAAGAAAGGAGUAUGGAGAAUGAUGAACUUUCGUCAGCGGAUGGGAUGGAUCGGUGUGGGGCUGUACCUGCUGGCUAGCGUUGCUGCAGUUUACUACGUCUUCGAGAUUAACCAGACGUAUAACCGGCUCACCCUAGAGCACAUCAAGCAGACUCCUGAGGAGCCCCAGCCUGGGGAAUCCUCGUGGGCUCACAGCCUGAAGAGCCGUCUGCUCUCCUUCCCCUUCUGGUUAUGGACCACCAUUUUCCUAAUCCCUUACCUCCAGGUCUUUCUGUUCCUGUACUCCUGCACUCGAGCUGACCCCAAAACAAUAGGCUACUGCAUCCUCCCCAUCUGUUUAGCCGUCAUCUGCAACCGACACCAGACAUUUGCCAAGGCCUCAAAUCAGAUCAGCAGGUUUCAGCUGAUCGAUACGUGAAGUAAAUCAUUAAAAAAAAAAAAAAAAAAAACGACGACCAGUGAAGGAUUCUGGCACUUGAGAAAAUCAACACCAUGCUUAAAGGUCUAUUGCAGUUACAUUCUUGGAUUAUGCUGUGCUCUAACUUCUGGAAGACCAGUGUUGACUUUUGAAAGCCAAUGAGCCAACUAGUGAAACUGCUUGGGAGAGGGAAGGGGAUUUAAAUAUAUAUGUAAGGGGGAAGGGGUUACAUCUUGUUCUCUGUAGUACCCACACUGAAACAUAAGACAAAAAAUGGAACACAGUUAUAACAGGUCCAGAAUUUAAAAGCAUAUUGAGCCUGAGAUAACUACUUACUAUCCACCAAUUGAAGGUACUUUUGUCUUGUAUGUUACAGCAACAGUGAGAAUCAUUGUUAACUUGUCUUCUGUUAAAUUACCUGCACACUCCAAGCAUCACAUUACGUUUUACCCUUUUUUUUAUGAUUCAAAUUUUUCAGAGCCUUUAAAAACAAAAAAAAAAGGUUUUUUUUGGAUGAGCCAAGAUAAAGGAGACACUGUCUAACCCACUAGUGUUUUUGAUACAAUGUAAAGCAAAUUUAAAGUGAGGAACCUGAUCACAAAGCUUGAGCAGUCUACUAGCCACACUGCAGUGUACAGUGUCAUAACCACUAAGCAGACUCCCCAGAAUCUCUGCUUUUAUUAAGCCUUAUGUUUAUUUUGUGCUACAUUUACUAAGCUUUUUGUGCAUCAUGCUCUUUCAGGUUAAAUAGUUUUCAGCAAAAAAAUGCUUUUUAAUGAAACAUUUAAAUGAUUUCCCACAUCAUCAUUUUAUUCUACUUCAUAAAGGCAAAUUAGCCUAGUAGCACUUCAUUUUGAAAGGCAAUUUACGUUGCUACUGUAUUUUAGUUCAAGAAUAGAAUUUGAGAUUUAAAAUUGAUAAAGCAGUUCAUUUUUUUUUUAGCAAAAAUUAUACACUGAACUAUUUAUUCAUUAUGACUGCUUGAAACUGCUUACAUUGAUAAUAUGAAAAGUGGAUAACGUUUGUCAUUAAGGGAUUAUGAAUAUUUCUAUCACUGUCAGUGUUAACUCACCGCUCAACAAUUUAGAUUUUAUCCAGACGGUAGUGUAUAAUAUGGUAAACAAAAAAAAACAAAAAACAUAACCAUGUUUGUUUUUCAAAUUAAGUAAGUUUAAUAUUGUUUGCCUCUCUUUUCUGAUUGCAUUGCAUUGGCAGAGAACGGUGACACAUUUUGUAAAAGGGUGUUUUAUCUGUUGUAUAGUAGGGUAUGGGAAUUCUACAUGCUGGUUUUCACAACUGCAUUCAAACACAGGGACAACUUGUGGUAUCAUUAAAGGCAAAAGCCAGGUUUAAACCCUCAGUAGUGUUCAUGUGAAAGCAUCAAUGAGUAUUUACUUUUUAAAUUUACAAUUAUGUUUGAAAAAAUCUACAUUCUCUUUUCUCCUCUUAUUUUACAAUACUAAAAGCAUGAAUGUAUUGAAAUGUAUUACCAGUAAAGCAGAGCUAUGAUAGUU